UUAUUCUUAUUGGUUAUAUUCAUUACCCUAUGGUAGGAGUGUGAGAUUUGCACCAAGGUGCAUCAUUCACACCGUAAUUCACGGUUGCGUGAAAGAUGGCGGACGACGACGUGAAUGGGGACUCGGACGACGUGCAGCAAGAGAAAUCGCAGAAGAAGGCGGCCAAGUAUGACAGCGGCGCAGCUGACCUCGAGAAGGUGACCGAUUAUGCCGAGGAAAAGGAAAUCUCGUCGUCGGAUGGAUUUUCCUGCGCUCUCAGCAUAAUCGGUGAUCGGCGUGACAAGGAAGCUGCGGAGAAGAAGGCCAAAGAGAAGGAGUUGCUCAAAGUGUUUAUCAAGAAGGAGGAUGUUGAUUUGAUCAUGAGAGAGAUGGAGAUCAGUCGUACCUUAGCCGAACAGACUCUGAGAGAACAUAGAGGCGAUAUAGUGGAGGCGCUAAUCACGUUAACUAAUUGAAAUUGUACAAAAGAAAUUGUUCCGAAAUCUGACGUGUCUCUAAAUUUCACUGUAAAAUAUCCUGAAAGUCCUGGGAGUCUUUUCGUGCAUUAUUUAUUGAUUAUACUGUAAUAUCUAAGUACCAUCUA